AUGGAAGGCUGCUGGACUGUGACCAUCAGCUCGGAGCUGGUCUACACGUUCCCAACGCUCCUGCAUCUCUCUGCCGAAGAGAUUGUGGCGAUCUGGGAUGCUGUGUCUGAUUACAUCCUGGAACAGAUGAAGCUGGACAAGGUGGGCUGGGAGUCCUGGUCCCGGGACUCGGGCUCUUUGCUGCGGUCCGAGAGCAAUUCCACAGCAAAGAAGUGGCGGUGUCGGUCCGAAGACCUGUCUUCCAGCUGGACAUUCGGGGUGCUGUGGCUGCAGGACCUCCAGUCGCCCACCGACAUCAUCCCCGACGAUGUCAAGAUUGAGCGGCUGAACUACCGGCAGCUCUCGCGAGCCACCGGCAUCUCGCUGCACGUGGUGCAGCGCUGCGUGCGAGAGACCGUCCUCUUGUACUGUCACCUCCUGAGGAACAAGGCGCACGUCUCAUUCGCCUUCAAGAACAUCGGCGUUAUGACAUACGAGGACGACUUCCUCUGCAUGAGGUUCUUGUCCAGCUGCAUUACAACGCUGGAGAGCAAUGCCAGCCUGACUGCACUGCUCCACACUAGAAUUUGGCCGGCCCGUUCUGCUGACUUCGGGUCAGAGACUACCGCUCAUGGAAUCCAGGUGUUGCCGAGGUUUCAGCUCGCUGUGAAAAAGAGCAGAGCAGAGGCCGCCGCAGAAAGGAACGCUGCAGUGGCGCGGAAGAUGAGUAGAGGGGGCACUGCCGGCAGGCUGCUACAGAAGCGGAAGACACUUCCCCCCUCCAUGCUGCUGCAAUACCAGGCAGGCUCAAGGCAGCAAGAUGUGGCAAAGAAGCCGCCUGCCAGCGUGCUCCCGCCGUGUGCAGGCAGCUCCCACGGGAGAAAGCAAGCAGGACAGAAGGAACCAUCUACUCCUGCCCAGACCAGCACUGCACUCCCUGCGACAGAGGACUCUAAGAGAGUGCUGCAGGAGCUCCGGGAAGUGUCUGCCCUGUGGAAUGAAGCAGACCGCACGUGGCCCGUGUACCAGCAGCAGCGGUUUGCCAGUGCGAGCGUGUGGGCUCCGCGUCCUCCAGCCCAGCCCCGGGGACAGCAAGUGAGGAGGAGGUGGAGGAAGGAUGUGGAUCCUCCGCCGGGAAGUAAAAUGGGAACAGCGACCAAGCUGGCACUGCAUGCCGACCUCCUCUCCCCGCGAGCAGCUCAGGUGCUCCAAAGGUUGGAGCCCCACCUCCAUCAGCAAGAGGCUUUUGCUGACACCGCGGAAAGAAACCGGCAGAAGCUGGAGCUGAAGCGGCAGCUCCCCUGUGCUCGGUGCUCGUACCGCUCCAGAGGGGAAGGUGCUGGCAACAGUGCUGGAGCUGUCGGCAAGGGGGCUGGGAAGCUGUCCGGAUUUCCACCUGUGAAUGGCAAAUCGUAGAAUCAAAGACUUGUAGAAUGGCCUGGGUUGAAAAGGACC